UGCGCUCCUAAAACCUCUGAUUUGUGCCCUCUGCUUUCCUGUUGCCAUGGAGAAGGUCCAACACAUGACCCGCUCCGCUCUGAGGAGAGCCUCAACUAUUGAGGUCAACCCACAAGCACGCCAAAGGCUCCAGGAGCUCUUUGUGAAUUUCUGCCUGAUUCUAAUUUGCCUCUUGCUGAUCUGUAUCAUAGUGAUGCUUCUCUGAAGUUCCAGCACGUCUCUGCCCUGUCCUCUAGGAAAGUCACCCCAGGGGGAAGAGAGACCAACACGUGCAAACUCCAGUGCAAGGAUCCUCACGCGACAGGGGCUAGCACUUGGACUAGAGAGUGUGCCAACCAGUGCUCUGCUACCUUACUGCCUGCUCAUGUAUUAAAAACACAUUGUCUGUGCAGAACAGUGUUUAGAGCCUG